GGACAAGAGUAUAAAAUGGAGCUCGCUUCAGGGGGAUUGAAGCAGAAGCAAACAAGCUCCUCCGAAAGAACAACCGAAGAACUCCAACUUCAACUUCCAGAGACCAUGAAGACUCUGAGCCUCCUCGCCAUCUGCGCUCUCCUCUCAGCGUGCUGGGCCACAGGAGUUGUCGAAUAUGAGUCUCACGUGGAACACGAUGGUGACUCUGACCACUCAGACGCCGGCGACCUCGCUGAUGUUGGCGACCGCGCCGAUGCCGGAGACAACGGCGAUGUUGGAGACAACGCCAACUCCUCAGCCUCCGACUCAUCCGAUUCGGACUCAGACUCCAACUCUGAUUCAGACUCUGACUCCAACUCUGAUUCAGACUCAGACUCCAACUCUGAUUCAGAUUCAGACUCCAACUCUGAUUCGGACUCCGACUCUGCCUCAGAUUCUUCCUCCUCUUCAUCUGAGUCAGCCAGUACUGAAGGGACAGAGUCUCCAGACUCUCACGUGGUCAUGAAGCGAGACGUGGCUUCCGUCUUGCUGAGGUCGAGACGCCAAGCCCCUCUCUCCUUUUACCAGAUGGAGCGCCUGAGAGAGGUGUGUGAGCUGAACACGGGCUGCGACGAGAUGGCAGAGACGCAGGGCGUCGUGGCAGCCUACACGGCCUACUAUGGACCCCCUCCCUUCUAAGCAGACAAACUCAUUGCAGUUUGGAGGUCACAAACUUUUUUUUGCACAGCGAUGUCCAAAGAGAUGCACAUAAAGUAUGCAGUAAGCCAUAUAUGUUGAAGGGAUUCCUCAGCCCUACUUCGCAUAACAUAAUGAAUGGUGCUAAAAGUUUAUUUGAGUGAUUGUUUUGAAUUAUUUAUGCCAUGCUUCAGCAGCGGUUAUAGAAUUGAGCUCUUAGAUGUACAAUAGUGUCAGUGGCUGUGUCCAGUGCGUGUGAAAUGGACGGGAAUUAUCUGCUAUGGCUGUAACCACACAUUGCCUCUGGAUUUGAAAGAAAUAAAUUAUUUUAUUUGUCCAACAGUGA